UUCAUUCUGUAUACACCCUGUGCAUGCAAAAUGACAAUAAAGUCAGUCUAAGUCUAAGUGUACAUGGCAUUCUCCAGAACCACAGCAUCAAUAGCUCAGUUCACCUCUCUCAAGACAAUGGUAGUGACAAUUGACAGGUUGCUAGUUCAAUCUCUGCUCCACCUUCCUCUGUUGCUGUGUCCUUGGGAAAGACGCUUCACCCACCUUGGUUACUUGUGGGGGUCACAGGGCCCAGUGGCACCGGUGCAUGGCAGCCUCGCUUCUUCCAGCAUCAAUGAAUGACUGUAGUGUGAGGCACUGUGGAGUCCUUUGCACUAGAAAAGGUGCUAAACAAAGCCAUUUACAGUUAACCAAAGUGGAAAGAAUAGAUGUUAAAGGCAUCCUGGAUGAUGUUGCAUCAUGUUUAACAGAUAUGAUCAGCUUGUGUUGGGCCUCCUUGAUUAGUUGCCAUCAUUAAACACUUUCCUCUUGUUGUGAAAACUGGCAUAAAGGGGUGAAAUCUCUCCAGGUUAACGCAGAAAACAGAUCAUAAAGGCCUGAGAGACACAAGUAAUCUUGCAUUUUGAUUUGCUGAUGAUUAUAAAACAAGUGAUUUUGUAUUUUGAUUCAUUGAUGAUUAUGAAGAGUUGAUGUAAUAGAAAGCAGAUCAAGUAAUGAAUAAAAGGUUAAUAAUAGAAUUAAACUUAGAUGAUUAUUAAAAGAAGUUAGAAUUGAUUAAUUUAAUUAAAAAGAUGAUUGUGUUUAAUGAUUCAUGAUGAUCAUACAGCAUAUAUAAAAUUGUAACUGGAGUAAUCAUAUAUUGUGUGGAGUAUAGGGACAUGUAGAGACAUGUAAAGACAUGUACCUCAUAGACUGUGUUGUAAUUAGAGCAGAGGUUGGGGCGAAGGGAAAAGGGGAAGUCCAAAAGAGAAUUGAAACCAAAUGGUCAGAAGACAAAUAACAAAAGAAGAAGUGAACAGGGUGUUGACCGAAUGAAGGGAGGUUUGGGACUUUCCCUGAAGAAAUCGAAUGUUUGACAAGCCAUGUACACCAUCACUCCAUACACAACUAUGGGAUGGGAGAGUAUAAAAACCCAUGGAAAGGGGAACCAGUGUUCUUUGUCCCCGGUGCUUGUGGUGUAUUUACCCCUGUGAUUACUUGAGUUUGUACAGUCCUUGUAUUCUGUGAUGUGCAAGCUCUCUCUGUGUAGUUACCAGAAGGAUAGCACAACAAUAAAGAGAUACGAAUUUAGUCCGAGCCUCCUCUGUUCAUUAAGAGAUUACAACUGGCGACGAGGAUACUUUUCGGAGGAGAGACGACAUCAAGUAUCAGUACUAGUGAGUACAAUGGCUCUGGUUGGCAAAAUAGAUGACUUCAGACCAGAGGUUGAGCCAUGGACAGCUUAUAUAGAGCGUCUGGAGCAGUACCUGGAAGCUAACGACAUUGACGAAGAAAAGCACGUGGCGGUGUUGCUAAGUGUAAUGGGUGCUAAAGCAUACGGACUUUUACGAAACUUAGUACAGCCUGAAAAACCAAAAGACAAGACAUUUGGCGAGAUUGUGGACAUUUUGAAAGAACACUAUGAAACCAAACCCAUAUUAGUUGCUGAACGUUUCUGUUUUAAUAGAUGCAACCAAAAGACGAGUCAGACUGUUGCCCAGUAUGUCGCAGAGCUAAAACAACAAGCAGCUAACUGUGAUUUUGGUGCGUCGCUGGAUUCGGCACUGAGGGACCGGUUCGUAAGUGGAAUUAAUAAAAUUGAUACAGGAGCAGCAAAAAGUGUCAUUUCACAUUCCACAUACUUGAAAAAGUUCUCUCACCUGCCUUUGCAGCCAGCUAAAGUGAAGCUCAAAGCUUACAAUGGAGGACGUAUUUGUGUUUUGGGACAGCUUGUAGCAAAAGUGGUGUAUGAAGACCAAGCUACGGAUUUGCCACUGUUGAUUGUUAAGGGACAUGGCGCAUCACUUUGUGGAAGGAACUGGUUGACAAAACUUCGGCUUAACUGGCAGCAGAUUAAGUACGUGGGUGAGCCAAAACACCUAUCACUCAAUGAGCUUUUGGAUACUUACAAUGAUGUUUUCAAGGAGGAGUUAGGCACAUUGAAAGACAUUAAAGCUACCAUCGUGGUGUGGCAGUAUGCCCUGUGGGCUCUGAACGCACCACACAAGUGCCUGACUUUAAUUGGUUGUAGCGCUGUCUGUAUAUAAAGGGCCCUCCCUCACCUGGUAGACAACACAUUCUCCUUCCGGUUCAGACUUCACUGUUUACUGGCGCUAUACGACUGACGCGCUUAAUACAUUAAUUGCUGUUCAAGCCUUCUUCUGGUGACUUGUACCAGCUGACUGCUUCUUCUCCCU